UAAGAGCAGAGCAGCACAACAGUGCGAUCACCCGGUAACGACAUGUUGAAUACGUGGUGAAUGAACGGGAUUGGAAAUGCGUUGAACGAUUCGGGAAAAUUGUGUAAAGUGAACAUCGAUAGCGGGUGAACAUCGCCAAUUUUUUUCAGUGUCACAAAUUAACCGAGUAUUAUUUUCCGCACAAAGAGCACACAAAUUAUUGCUGAAAUUGGCGAAGAAAUGCAAAUUGAAUACAAUUUUUUUACACUCUAUCACCUCAAAUGCGCAAAGCAAUUGAAAAUUAACCAGUGUCAUAACGUAGCAACUACAAACACAAUCAGCAAUAAAGGCAAUUGUAUAUUUUUUUACUUAACUCACACGCGACAAUCAGCGUUGCAUGCAUAACAACACAAAUAGCAACAGCAAAAACUCACACGCUCAGUCCAGUGGCCUUAGUGAAAAAAAUAUAUACAUAUAUAUAAAUAUAGCAGAAUAUAGUCCCAUACAAUAAACUUUUUUCUACGUAAAUAUAUUUCAACUAUGUCAAAAUAUCAGCUACUUCUUGAACAGGCUGCCGCCGGUGGCGAAAAUGCAGACGAAACAACAAAAGACAGUAAUGCGUCAACAACAACAAACAUAAACGUCCAUGCAGCCGCUGAGAAUCUACAAAAAACACUGCUCUUCACUGAUAGCAGCAAUGAUUCCAGCAGCAGCAGCAGCGGCAGUGGUGUCAAUGGCAACAAUCGUGUGACAACGAUGCGUAACAGCCGCAAUGCUCUUGUAAGCACCAACACCAACAACAGCAGCAGUAGCAACAAUAGUCUGAAUAUUAGCAGCAGUGCGAGUGGCAGUUGGGAAUACAGUCCCUUCGACAGUCUCUCUACAAAUAACAUAAAUGAGCCACGAGCAGCACCCAUGCGAGCAACAGCAACAGAAACGAAUUUGGUUGCUACGGCAUCGAAAUCGUCGUCAACGUCACUAUUGUUGGAUGCCUUUGAAGCUGAUGAUACAACCAUGGAAGUGCCACUGCUAGGCGAGAAUAACAAUAGUGAUUACCAUGACCAUGGCAGCCAUCAAUUUACCUCCGCUUCCGGCAACACCAACACCGCCGCCGCCACCACCACCUGCCAUUGCCAAUUACCCGGAUUUAGUGCAAAUCUGCGUACGAAAUCCACACAAGAUGCAAAAUUCAAAAUUUUAUUAGCAAUUACGCUAUGCUGCAUUUUCAUGAUUGUUGAAUUCCUUGGCGGUUAUAUGGCCGGAAGUUUGGCUAUCAUGACGGAUGCAGCCCACUUGGCGUCCGAUUGCAUUAGUUUCGUGAUUAGUUUGGUGGCAAUUUGGUUGGGCAGCCGACCGCCGGAUAGUCGCAUGUCCUUUGGCUAUAAACGGAUGGAGGUGAUGGGUGCGAUUAUAUCGAUAUUAGGCAUUUGGAUACUAACCGCAACAUUAAUUAUGGUGGCCGUGCAGCGACUAUACUCUAAUGACUUUGAUUUGAAUGCCAACACAAUGAUGGCCAUAUCGGGCAUUGGAAUUUUAAUUAAUAUUGUCAUGGUUUUUGUUCUCCACGGCUCCACGCUGGCACAUGGCGCUACUCAUGGUCAUAGUCAUGCACAUGCACAUGCCCACUCACAUAGCCAUGCAUCGGCGACUCACAACGAUUUGUUGCAAUUGAAUGGUUCCAAUACUGGCGGCAAUGAAAUGAAGCACGCAAAAAAAUGUGAUACAGCGGAAAACUUAAAUUUACGCGCUGCUAUGAUACACGUCAUUGGAGAUCUGAUACAGAGUAUUGGCGUUUUUCUCGCAUCAAUAUUAAUACAAUUUUAUCCCAAUGCGAAAUUCGCAGAUCCUCUUUGUACGGUUUUGUUCUCUUUUAUCGUAUUCAUGACCACUGUACGUUUAUUCCGCGAAUCAAUGGGAAUUCUAUUGAAUGCCGUGCCACCGUCAAUAUCAUUGGGCAAGUUGGAGAUGGAUUUAAUCAACAUUGAUGGUGUAAAAAAUGUACAUCACUUAAACGUGUGGAGUCACACGAACAAUCACUACGUCAUGAUGGUGCACCUGGUUAUUGAUUUUCUAUCGGACAGCAAUACUAUACUGAAACGAGUCACACAAGUAGCCUGUGGCCCCAAAUACAACAUCCAACAUUGCACCGUACAAAUUGAGCGUUUGACUUCAUAAGAUACAUUUUAUGCACUAAUUAAUACAAACACACUAUGUAUGUAUGUUCGUGUGUAUGUUUGUGUGAAUCAUUCUAGCAAAUGAAAUUAAAACUUUUAAUAAAAUCAUUAAGUUUAUGAUUUUGCCGUCAAAGACUGAACCAACGACCGUACGUACGGCCGGCCAUUGGAUGACUUGCCAAGCCAAUAAAUGUGAUGACUAAAGUGUGAAAUGUAAUGUUACCAAGUGCGGAGUGCAUAGACAGUGUCAAAGAUGUAUAUGUAGAUAUAAGCUGCAGAGAAAGUAUGUAUAUAAAGGUAUAGUAGAGGUGGAGGACGUUUGUGUAUGGCUGCUUGCAAUUCUACUCACUUCUACGCAGUUCAACUCAGCUCUAUUACGGACAAUUGACAAUGCCAUUAAAUGCUGUUCGCUAAUUGAUCGUAAAAUUUAUUACCUCGACGACAAGGCGCAUAGUAUGCGAGUGCGUGCUUGUAUGGAGAACGGACGUAGCUAUAGUUGUAUGUACAUACAUAUAAACGUAGUUAUGAAAUAAUUUUAAGCUCAUGUGCUUCAUAAAGCACACAAUAUCGAUUAAAUACAUACAUACACAGCUGAUUAUGUAUAUAUAUAAAAUCAAAUGCACUCACGUCUAUUGCCAUUAUUUAUUAUUACCAGCAAAUGUUGAUGAAAUAUUAAAAAAAUAUAUAUGUAUAUAGUUCUACACUAAAAAAACACAAAAUACAAAUCAGAAAAUUCUCCCAAAGGCGUGAAAAUAAAGCUUACCUUUUUAGUUGCAAUCUAUUGAAAAUAA